CUCUGACCCAACAGGCCUUGGGCUCCCAGACCAGAGCGCAGCUGACCUGACCUGAGGAGAAGACUCUCCCCGGAGGCGGUUCUGAUCUCAACACCUAGUCGCUAGCCAGCGCACCCCAACCUUACCAUGUCUUCAGAGCACCCCUCCUCAUUCGACGACAUGAUGGAACUCUCUGAAGACUCAUUUGAGACGAUGAUGGAGCCUAAGAAUCCAUCAUCAAAACAAAUGGAGUCCUCAGAGGGCUCGAGCGACAACACCGCCAGCGCAGGGCAGGGCAUCGAGCGGAAGCAGGAGCAGGAGCAGGAGGAGGAGGAGGAGGAGGCCGGGGCGGCCGGAGGCACCCCGGCCCCAGCGGGGGGAGAGCUGCCCUGUGACCUCCGCCAAGACAUGGAGGAGCCAUCCAGUGGCCCACGUAGCGAAAACACGGAUCCACCCAAUGACCUACUCCAAGACGUGGAGGGGUCCUACUCCGGAGCCCGGCCGGGAGAGAAGGGAGAGGCGCCUGCAGCGGCGAGGGGAGCGGCGGCGGCGGCGGCGGCGGCCCCCAUGGGCGCCCACUGGGGAGACGGCCCCGAGGACGACACUGACCUGGAUGAAGAGAGCAGCUCCGGGCAGCGGGCAGAAGGCUCCGGCGGCGAGAUCAUGGGCAUGGUGCACUCCAUCAUCUCUCUGUACUUCCGCAUGCAAGACCUGCAGGAGCAGCAGAAGGUGGCCGAAGAGAUCCUGAUGAGAGCCGUGGCCCAGGGCCACCUGCCCGCACCCACCCCCUUCUCGGGAGACCGCCGCCAGUACCGCGAGUUCAUCGUGCUCUGCCAGCUCAUCCUGCAGAGCUGCCCACGCGUGUUCCACAGCGACCGUCUGCGCGUGGGGUACGUCAUCUGCCACCUGUCGGGCGUGGCCCUGGAGUGGGCCCAGGCGCUGGUGCGGGAGGGCAGCCCGCUGGUGGACGACUUCCCCGCCUUCCUGGAGGCCAUGUCCGAGGUGUUCGAGUACCGCCAGGCACGCCGCCUGGCCGAAGACGCCGUGUUCAGCCUGCGCCAGGGCGACCGCGGGGCGCUCGAGUACGUCACCGAGUUCCGGGGCCUGGCGGCCACCCUGGGCUGGCCCGACGAGGUGCUGCAGGCCCACCUGUGCCAGGGUCUCAACGACGACAUCCGCCGUUACCUGUUCCGGGUGCCGCAGCCGUCCUCGCUGGACAGCCUCAUCACGCUGGUCCUGCAGAUCGAAGAGAAGGUGGCCGAGCACCGCGCCAUCCUGCGCCUGCCCCCGGCCUCUCGGCCCCGCAACCUCACCUGGCCCGACGCGCCCGCCCCCGAGCGCUGGUCCGUCAGCAGCUGGCUGCCGUCCGAGAUGAGCCCCAUCAUCGACCGCAACCACCUGUUCCUGCUGCUGCUGGUGAGGGUGAACCCCUACCACAGCGUGGCCGUGCGCGCCCUGGUGGACUCGGGCGCCAGCGGCAACUACAUGGAUGAACGGUUCGCCCAGGACCACUACGUGGAGCUGUACGAGAAGACUUACCCCCAGUCGCUGGAGACGGUGGACGGAGGACAAGUGGGCAGCGAGCCGGUGUGGUUCUACACCGAGCCCCUGGUGUGUAUCCAUCAGAACCACCAGGAGUCGCUGGAGUUCGACAUCGUGCCCUCUCCUAACUUCUCCGUCAUCCUCGGCGUCAAGUGGCUGCGCACCCAUCUGCCCGACAUCGACUGGGUGAGGGGCCGCUGCACCUUCCACUCUCCCUACUGCCUCAAGAAUUGCUUCCGCCCGCCGCCCCCCUGCAUCGCCCUGGAGCGCCACGCCGUGAGCCUCCUGCCCGGACUGCCGCCCCUCUACUCCGACCUGGCCGACGUGUUCAACCCGAAAGAAGCUGAGGAGACAUCCGACCAGCCAAGCUCAGACGGAUCCGAUGAUCUUUCUGAAUCAGAGCCCUCUGAGCUUCAGCAGGCUGGAGACAGUGAUCACAGCAGCAGCAGCAGCGACACCUUCUACGACUGCUCCUCCACCGCGUCCUGGGAGCGCAGCCGCCGCCCCCACGUACCAGACAGCGACAGCGACACCGACACCUACACCGACGCCGAGACUGACGGCGAGUACGACAACCAGAGCGUGGGGUACGAGAACCAGAGCGUGGGGGAGGUGAGCCAGAGCAGCAGCGAGGAGGAAAGCGAGCAGGAGGAGGAGGUGGCGGCCGCCACGGUGGCGGCGGCGGGCGGCAGCGGGGCGGGAGGGCAAGGGGAAGAGGCCGCGGACGCCCAGGACAUGCUGGGCGAUGCCCACGACUCCGUGCAGAUCAUCCCCGAGCUGUUCGACCAGCUGCACGGGGCCACGCUCUUCACCAAGCUGGAGCUGCGGGGCACCGUCGUGGACCAGGGCAAGAACACCAGGCAGGUGGAGCGCGUGUGGCGGGCGGCCUUCGGCCUGGACGCCCAGCCCCGCAGAAACUACCGGCCCUUCGUGCGGGGCCCCGACCCCACCAUCCGCCAGAAGGCCAUCCACGUCAUCCUGCGCGGCCUGCUGGGCCGCUUCGCGCUGGCCUACGGGCAGGACGUGGUGGUGUUCUCCAUGAGCCAGGAGGAGCACGAGCAGCACGUGCGCCAGGUGCUGGUGCGUCUGCGCUACCACCGCGUCUACUGCUCCCUCGAGCGCAGCCAGUUCCACCGCCGCAGCGUGGAGUUCCUGGGCUUCGUGCUCACGCCCGAGGGCGUGCGGCUCAACCGCAGCAUCGUCGGCACCGUGGCCGGCUACCCCAUUCCCGGCUCCAGGCGCUCCGUGCGGGAGUUCCUGGAGUUUGCGGUGCCCUACCGCCACUUCAUCCGGCGCUACGCCGUCCUGGCCGAGCCCAUCGCCCGCCAGCUCGCCGCCGAUCGGCCCUUCCGCUGGGGCGCCGAGGAGCAGGAGGCCUUCGAGGCCCUGCAGCGCGCCUUCCGCACCGCACCCCAGCUGCGCCACCCCCGGCCGCAGCACCCCUUCUACCUGGACACGGGCUCCACCCCCAGCGCCCUGCACGCCACCCUCGUCCAGGUCGAUGAGCAGACCGGCCGCAGAGUGAGCUGUGCCUUUUACUCGCGCAGCUACCGCUCGGCCGAGGCCAGCUACACCGCGCUGGAGCGGAAGAUCCUCCCCGUCCGGGCUUCUUUCAUGGUGUGGAGCCGCUACCUGGAGAACACCGAGGAGCCCAUCAUGAUCCUUACGAACACUGAGGACCUAGCCUCUUUGAAUAAUGACAGGCUCACCGUACUUCUCCCAGGGCACUGGGCUUUUUUCUUCUCUCAGUUCCACUUCGACGUGAUGGAGCGGCCGGAGGCCGAGGACGGGCGCCCGCCCCCGCCCCUGCGCCACCCCGGCCGCCGCCGCCGCCUCCGCCCGUUGUCCCUGCAGGGCCUGCCCCAGCUGCUGCUGGCCCUGGCCGGCGUCCAGGACGCCCGCGCCCCCCACGGUGAGUCCCCCCAGGCCCUCGGGCUCCGCCGGGAGCUGCUGGCCCUGCUGCCCGCCGACCGCGUGCUGGGCAGCCUGCUCAGCCACCUGGGCCGGGCCCAGGUGCGCGCCGUGCUGCUGCACUUUUUCCGCGGCCUGCUCUACUUCAAGAACAGCCUGGCGCUCGCCGCGCUGCUGGUCCUGCUCCGACGCCCGCAGACCCCCGCGCUGCCCCCUCCCCCCGUGCCCGGCGUGGCCCGGCCCCUGCCCGCCCGCUCGCUCAGCAUGGUCUUCGGCCCCGCCCACCUGACCGGCCCCGCCAUCCGCACCGCCCUGGCCCAGCUGGUGGCCCAGAUGCCGCGACUGGCCGGGCAGCACGCCGUGCUGGCCCGGGAGCUGACCGAGCUGUUCAUGGGCCCCGGCUUCGCGCGCCGCAACGCCCAGCUGCCCCAGCUGCCCCGCCGCCUCCUCUUCACGCCCGGCUUCUGGCUGAUGCUCUGCGACUUCUUCCACGUGCGGGCCACCCCCCGCACCCGCGCCCGCCCCGGCCGCCACGGCCGCCGCCUGGAGCUGCACGUGCGGCCCGACGAGGUGGUCGUCAUGCGGGAGGCCCUGCAGGCCGCCCUGCACGGGGUCCGGCAGCCCGGCCUGCACGACGGCCGGCAAGACAGCCCGCAGGACGCCCCGGAGGCCGCCGCCGCCGUCGUGCCCGCGCCCGCGCCCCCGCCCGACAUGGCCGCUGCCACCGACGCCACCAGGGGCACCGCCACUGGCGCCACAGCCAGCACGGCCAGUGACACCGCCACUGACGCCGCCAGUGGCAUCCUCGCCGUUGUCCCCAGCGCGCCCCCGGCUGAGACCCCCGACCUGCUCUCGCUCGGACGCCUAGAGCCCAGCAGAGGGGGGCUCAUGGGGGACAUGCACCCCGAGGCCGUGGCCCGCUUCCUGUCGGAGGUCUGCUCCAACAUGCUCACUGCCCACGAGGUGCCCCCCUGCCGCGGCGGCCGGGGGAUCCGACCCGCCAUUGGGGGGUGGCCCCUCGCCAUCCGGGGGGAGCCCAGCAGGGCUCAGCCCCUGGCCAUCAGGCCCCAGGUCUCCCCAAGCAGGGUCCAGCCCUACUCCAUCAGGCCACAGCCCCCCGUCAGGGGGCACCCCUACUCCAUCAGGCCCCGGCCCCCCGUCAGGGGGCACCCCCACGCCAUCAGGCCCCAGCCCCCCACCCUCCGGGGCCACCCCCACGCCAUCAGGGUGCAGCUGCCCACCAUCAGGAUCGAGCCCCCCGCUGACAGCGAGCCGGAGGAAGAGGGUCCUGAGGAUGGGGACCUGCCCGGCCCACAGUGAAGCCCCUCGCCGAGCCCCCACCCACAACGCUGAGCCUCUCCCAACACUGAGCCCCCCACCCCCCAGAACACCUCGUGAGAUCCUGCCCACAACCCAGGGGAGCCGUGAAGGGGACACACCCUGAACUCGCCCCACCAGCAACCCCCCCGUGGCCCACAGCCGGACACAGCAGGCUGGUCAUUGCUCCAGGGGCAGCAGAGGGACAGCGGGGACAGCAGGAAACACCUCCCCCCCGGCAGCAGCCAGCCAGCAAGCAAGCAAGUGGAGGGACACCCCCGGGCCCACCCCGCCUGGCCUGGGACACUGACCUUGAAUGCUUCAGAGACCUGUACCUCCUUGGUGCUGCUGGCCCCCCACCUCCUCCCCCACCCACUGGUGUCCAGCCUCCCCCCCCCCAAGCAAGCACCCCCCCACCCGCCCCAACACUGCCUGUCUGUCCCUGAACAUCAACUCUUACCUGGACACUGUCCUCAUCCGACGUGCCAACACUCACCUGUGUGGUCCCCACUCCCAUGGCCCCCAUGGGGCAGCCUCACUGCCAGGGCCCCUCCCCACUCCCCCACAGCACAGGGGCCCUGGAGCCCGAGACAAGGGGAGGGGGCUCCCCAGAGACUGACAGGGCCCCCACAUCCCACUGUUGCCCUCUAUCAUGGGCACCCACCCCUGCCCCUCCUGCCCCCAUCUUGUGAUGACCCCUCAAUAAAGCAGAAUCAAUGAGUA